CGUUGAGAGUAAAAUCAAGGCCAUUUAAAAAUUACAUGCAGAAUCGGUGACUUUUGGGUAUGGGGGAUCCAUGCUGUUGGAUGCACAGGACUUACAUCUCCUGACAUGGUGGAGGUAAUCUGUGCGGAGAAAGUAACAAGAGAAAUGCAUUUUCACUCCAAAUGUGAGACCUAAACAUCAGCAACAAUGUUUUGAUAGAGCACUUUUAAAUCAGCAAAAUGUUCCAUUCAGUAGUUGAUAGAUUGGCAUCUCUUAAUCUGCUAACUUCUGAUUCCUUCCAAGUGAUAUCAGGAAUACUUGUUAAAUCUUUUAGUUUAGAAUAUAGCAUUUCCUGCAGCAGCUAACAUUCACUUUACUUUGCAAGGUCUCUCCUUCGCAAACGUCCAUAUUAACUGCAACCUAUGCAAGCACGCAUUAAUGACUACAUAGACACUAGAAACUGUAGGUUUUGGAAUCUUGUGCUGGAGGAACUCCAUGGGUCAGCCAGCAUCUUUGGAGGGAAUAGACAGACAAUGUUUCUGGUCAGAACCUUUUUUCACACUGAUUGAGUAGGGGAGAAAGCUGGAGAAUAAAGGUGAGAUUUAAUGCAGUGAAAGAUUGACAGUUGAUUUGCCGAAAUGUAGAGCAUGUUCAUUGAGCGAUACUGUAACCAUCACGAGGAAUGUGACUUCCAUUCCCACGUGCACUGUUUAACAGAAGGGAAGUUCACUCUGUUAAUGUGCAGCCAUUGUCUUGUGUUUGGUACAGAAUCAUACAUAAAUCCAAGCCAGCUCGGUGCUACAAAUGAUCACUGGUUUAAAGGCAGUUGACAGUGCUAAUGUAGGAACAAGGAAGACCAAUUGAAUGCCUCUUCAGGAAAAGGAUUCCUCUUGCACCAUUCCAAAUUCUGACUUCCUGCCACAGUUCCACGAGGAUUCCAACCCCUGAGGUGCAAGUACUUGUAUUUAUAUGUUUACAUCUCAUGUUAACCUCAAACCUCGACCAGGAAAGAAUCAUUCCUUAGGGUUCUCAGUUUUCCAAAAAUCAUUCUUCAGCGAAUUCUAUGAAAGCCUUUUUGAACAUUCUUUUUCUAUUUGUGUUUUAAACUCAUCCUCGUGCUCUUGUGCACCACAAAGAUAUUUAUUCAUUCAAUGAAGUAAUUCAAUAUGAUGACAGCUGAAUCACUUUGAUUGCAUCACUCAUUGUCUUUUGUGUCACAAAGCCUUGAGUUUGACACCUGAGGGAAAGACUGUAUACCUUGGGCUUUCAGUCAACUGCCCUUAAACCAGGGGAGGAGGAAAAAUGGAAAUGGACUCAGGAAGCCCGGUACCUCCUCAGUCACCUGUUAUGCAAUCACCUGUUACAGUCUCUUCACCGACACCUUCUCAGACGUCAGCAAGCACAGCAUCUCCUGUCGGCAUGAUGGAUGAUGUGCAGUUACUUGACUUAUCAGCGUUUGAUCCAGAUUGUGACCAGAGCUACUACGACAGAAUACGAGAAAUAUUUGUGGAAGUUGGAAUUAAUAUUUCUCCUACUGCUGCAACACUUCCACCUGAAUCUGAUAUUAACAAGCGCAUCCACAACUACCGACUACAUGUUGCAAAAACAUGGAUGCCAGACACCAAAUACAAGCAGAUUGAAAACAAGUUUGACCUCUACCAACAUGAGCUUGUCCUGCUUGCACAACAGGAACAACGUAGUAAAUUCAGGCCUGAAAUGACUGCAGAUGAAAAGAAACAAAUAGAAAUGCCCAUCAACCGAAAGCUGGCAUCAGAUCUCCAGCGCCUGGCGAUGAAGAAGCUGGAUCUGGUACUAAUGUGGGUGCCUCCGACAACACGGGGCAAUCUAGACCAAGACUCCACUAUUCUUCGCGAGGAAAUCAUUCGUGAAAAUGAACUGGCAAAAGCAGAGGCUUCAUCUUCCGCAGCUGAAAUGACAAAAGAAGAAAGGGAACUGGAAGAAAAGAUCAUGAUGCACAAACUACAUGUGGCAGAAGCAUGGAUGCCCAGGGAGCUACUAGAAACAUUGAAUGCCAAAUUCCUGCUGUUCCAAACCAAUGCAUCCCGCGAAGAAAUGGAGAAGGCAGCCGCGGACAUUCGCACAGGGAUGUCAGCCGAUGAGCGAAGGAUCCAGGCGAUGAUCCGACACCAGCAGAUGACGCUGCGAGUGCAGCAGGCCCACCUCAACCGGCUGCAGGUGGCCGAAUCCUGGAUUCCCGAGGAACAGCGCCUGAAGAUCGAAAACGAGUACACCAUGAUGCGCGCCAUUCAUUGGAGGCGCAAGAGCAACAAACCUAUGCCUGCCGCCUGGGUUCAAAAGAACGUGAUUCCUAAUGCGUGGAAGAAAACAACUUCCCCGGAAGGAAGUCUAUUUGGAGCACCAGAAGAUGAAGACACGGAUUCGUUGCUUCUCGAUCAUGAACUGCAAAAAUUUGAAGAACUUGAAGCAGAGCAAGAACGUUUGGCAAAAGAAGAAAAGGAGUUCCUCAGACGGCGAAACGAAAUGUUGGCUUCAGAAUUAGGUGUAGCCGGAAGUGUAAACAUGGAACAAACUGAAGAAGAAUUUAGGUUGGCACGAGAAGAACAAGAAUUUCUGGAACUUGAAAUGAAGGUGGCUGAGGACUUCGAGAAAGAAUUCUUUCAACUGGAAGAACAGAGAGUAAUGCGAAACGUGAGGAAAAAUGAAGAAGAUGCAGAAAGAGCAAAAGUGAUUGCAGCUACCGCAGCAGUUGGAGCAGAAGCUGCCAGGGCUCUAUCACCAGGAGGUGCCGCAUUACCAAUUUGUAGUGACGCAAGCCUGGCUGACAAACAAUUGGCGCUGCAAGAACUUCAUCUGCAACUUGAGAAAUUGCAGAAAGGUGAACUUUCAGAGGAAGACAAGGAGAGGUUGUUGGAGGAAGAACGUUUGCUGAAGGAAGAGAUGCAGAAAGGCAGAGAUCGAAAAGGCACCUGCCGGAUCCUACUACCACCAACAGAGACAGCCAUGGAAGCUGCUGCAGGUGCCACUGCAGGUGCUGCUGCAGGUGCCGCUGCCUUGCCGCCAGGAGUGGCCAAGCCCUGUCCGAUGAAACGAAGACUUCGGCCAACUGGCCGCAUACCAGGAUGGAUGGACACUCACCAAACAGUUUCCACAUGCAGUCGCCCGCCCAAGUCAGCAUUCCUAGCAGGAUUGGCACCUCCCCCUACAGUCGCUGAGCCCAGUGUGAGAACAGGAGCCAUCCCGAAAAUAAAACGACCGCAACCUAGUCGGCCUGCUAGCGUGGCUAGGCCGACUGCUGGCCCUCCGAGAACUUCCCCCACAAUCCCAAGGCGGCAACAACCACAACGCAGCCAAACACCUGCCACGGAUACGCCAGGCGUUUGCCCUAUGAGAGGAUCCCCAAUCCCAUCGUGGCAACAACCCAGCCAAUUGGCCCAGCCCAGAUCUUAUACGGGUGGUGCGAGACCAAGAUCAAUACCAACACCAGCGCGGCGGCCAACUGGUCUGGAUACAUCGCGCAGUGAAAGAAGAAAUCCAGACCCAAAACCUAGCAAACUGCCUCAACGAAAAAGACCUUAAUCUUACAAGUACUGAAAAAAGAUCCAAUGACAAUUCAGAGGGCUUUGCAAACAAGAAUGACGUUAAGGUUAAUGCGAUGACGAUACAACCUAUUGCAUUACAUGGCAACGUGUCAACAACCACACAAAGGUAUUAUUUUUAAGAUACGGGAAAAUGGACAAAAUCAUAUUGAUUGAACCAAGAGUUAGGCAUGGGAAAUGCCCAUUCCGAAUCUAUGAAGCACCUGUACAAAGUAUUCGCCUAGUGCAGUGAGGGUAGUGAACUUCAAAGAUCCAAGUCUCCUGCGGAGUAUGAUUCUGUUUCAUUCAGCAGACUGAAGGUUCAAUUCAUGAGGUACAUCGAUUUGAGAAAUUCCUGUGGAAGCCACAGACAUCCAUAGCUGUCAUUGGAUAAUCGACAUGAAGGGUUUUCACCGAACAACACUGAGUCAAUAAAACUAUGCCAGCUAAAAGAUAAAAACCGGUGUACAUCCUUUUAGGUAGAAUUAUAAUAAUGGCAUCUCCAAACCAAAUGAUUACGCGAGAGAGAAGAUGCUGAAAAGAUUCAGCAGGUCGGGCGGCAUCUAUGCAGAGAGGAAUACUGCUCAUGCUUCAUGGUCUCUCUCUCGAGCACUGGGAGAAGUUAAAGAUGGACAAAGAAAUGGGAUGUGGGGUGGUGGGAACGAAAAGGAAGGUCCGUGACAGGACAUAAAGGCAGAAAAAGGAAAUAAGAGGGAACACGCAUCAUUGCCAUCUUUCACCAAGCAUUAUGGUUCCUUCUUGAUGUUUAAUCUCUCAUGCUUUUCACAGACAUUUUGUGCUUUUUGCUUCCACUUCCCAUUUUCUACUCGAUGAUGAAAAGCUUUGCUGUGUCCUUAAGAGACUACGAUGUCUAAUUAACGCGAGAUUUCGUUAAAAAAACAUUUUUUUUCCCCAAUACUAUUUAAAUCCAACACUGUUUUUUUUCUGCUGGUCAACUUCCACUUUAGUUUUUAAUUGAGUCGCUAGUUCCCCAAUCAAAAUCAUGCUAUAACCUAUUUGGGCUGCAUAACAUACGACUUUGUAAUGCUCUAAUGGCUUUAAAUCUAUUUUGCAUUAUAGUAACCCAUAUUAUGGCAGAACUUCCUGUAUUCCAAUUCUUUCAUAUUAAAGGACAGUAUACAAUUUCCCCUCUUAAUCGAUGUUGGCACCUGCAUGUUGACUUUCAGUAACUCGUGCAUGGGGGUACCCAGGUGCCUGCGAACGUCAGCAUCACACAAUUCGCCUUACUGCAUCAGUUAGCAGAACAGAACAAGGAGGCACGGUGGCGCAGCGGUAGAAUUGCUUCCUUACAGCGCUUGCAACACCAGACCCAGAUUCAAUCCCAACUACGGAUGCUGUUUGUACAGAGUUUGUACGUUCUCCCUAUGACCUGCGUGGGUUUUCUCCAAGAUCUUCGGUUUCAUCCCACACCCCAAAGACAUAGGUUAAUUGGUUUGGUGUAAAUGUAAAAAUUGUGUCUUCAGGAUAUUGUUAGUGUGCGGGGAUCAUUGGCCGGUGCGGACUCAGUGAGCCGAAGGACCUGUUUCCGCACUGUAGCACAAAAAAACAUUUAAUAAAACGAUAAAACAAUCCUUGGGAUUCAGUC